AUGGACUGCACAACAGACGCCGGCGCACCACUCGUGGUGUCGCGCUACAACGACGCCGCGGCGGUGCUGAGCGCUGCCCAGGACUUCUUCGCGGAGGACGAGCUGCUCACCUCCCUGCCCUAUGGUAUCCUUCGCCGGCUCUCCCGCACGCCGGACCUUUACGGCGCCGAACACUACUUUCUCUCGAUCACCACGCCGGACCCAGCGCGGGCUGGCUCUCUGGAAGAGCCGAUGAGUGCGAAGAGCAGAGUUGUGCUGCUGGCCAUGCAGACCGGCCGCUGGCCGCUGGCGUUCUUCGUUUCGCCCAGAAGCCCAGAGAAGGAGGUGCGAGAGGCGGUGGUGAGGCUGCUACGCCACCUGAACGAGUCAGGCCAGGCCAAGGCUGUAGGGAAAGUGGAGGGCCAGAGCCACCACGCUGCGGUGCUGGCCGCCCUAUGGAACGCCACGGCCGCCGAUGCAUGCCUGCCUCCUCUGCGAGUGCGGCAGCACGACCGCUUCCACAUGUGCGAACGCGUGGUCGAUCCAUCUUUCGUCAUCGCUGAUGAUGACCCGACGCUGCGGAUCAAGAAAGCUACGGAAGCCGAUGUGGAGCUGCUCGCCGCGUGGUAUCAGAGCUUCCGUGAGCGGCUGCACGACCCAACGGACCUGGAUGGCGCGCGGCGCAUGGCCCGCUCGUGGCUGGACGGCGAAGAAGGAUGUGCGGCCUACCUGCUCCUCCGCAGGGCGGAGCACAAGGGCGAGCCUGAGACCCCAGUCUCUCUGUGCCUCACGAACCGGGAGACGCCCCACACGCGCACCAUCUCGAUGGUCUACACGCCGGCCGAACAUGGGUGCAAGGGCUAUGCCACGCGACUGGUCGCCUCUGUCACGCAGAUCGCCUUGGCCGUCAAGCGCUACUGCUGCCUCUUCACCGACCUGGCCAACCCCCACAGGCACCUGCUCCCCCCCCCUUUCAACUACAUCUACUACAAGGUGGGCUACCGCACACAUUCGGAGUGGGACACCUACGAAACUGGCACUGAUGCGGCACCCAGUUGA